AUGGAGGAAAGAGAUGCUGCAACAGGCCUUCGUGGCCUGUAUCAGGAUCUCUCUGCUCUUUCGGCUUCGUCCUUUGUCAACAUCGAGCGUCUUCGAGUCGAGCUGGAGACUCACAUCGAUGAUUUCAAGAAGCUCCUCGACAAACCUCCAAAGAACAACACAAGUCGCCAGGCGGUCCUCUCCGGUUUUAGUCGAUGCGCUAACCUUGCAAUGCGAUUUCAUUCAGGUAAAAUUACCGUCGACGACCUCGAGUACUCGAUCAAUGAAGAAUUUCAACAGGGAGCGUUAAUGCUGGCAGAUGCGCUGGAUCUCGAUGAAUUGCAAGCGGCAAUGCUGUUUAUGGCGGCGCAGGAAGACGCUCCUGUCUUGGAUAGGCCUCCCGUCAUCGCUGCGAUUAUGCGAUUCCAUGAGCGCCGACAAUUCUUGCUCGACUCAUUACGGCUUAUUUUCCAGGAGUCCUUCGAGGUGGAGCGGGAGAUGACACAGGUUCUCAUGCAGGAAAUGUUGGCAUUUGUGGUUGAAAUAAAGGAUGGGCCGUUGCGAAAUGCGUCACUAUUCACGCGCAAAUGCAUGAAGUCGAUGGAAGACAUCGAGAGGUGGCUUGUCCUCCUUAACGAGCAAACCCAAAAAGCCUCCAUCGUUGGUCAGUCAGCGGAAUACGACAUCGUGGAGGCUCUCGAAUACCAACGCAGCAGCUUACAGCAACAACAUGAAUCCCUUGGUGCUGUGCUAUGCUACCUAUUCAAAGGACCUUACACCAGUUCGGAGGAUCUCCGCUUACUCCUGGACCACCUUCGGAAGCUCGAACGUUUCGAUGGACUCCUUAUUCACUACCUUCCUUGCAUAAUUGCCUCUUUUGUUCAGCAUGGGUCUCCAGAAAGCUCUAGUUCUUAUAGGGACGCUAGAAGCCUACAUACAGCGAUCACAUCCUCCAAAGACGUUCAACCCUGGAAGGUUCCCACGUUCCACUCUGCGGUCGUCGCACUAUGGCUCGCUGUCUACAGCGGGUGGGAUUUCGAUGGGCCUGCCUCUCCUCUCCAGGGAGUGGACUUGGAGAAAGAUUCAGAAGAGCGCACAAAGAUGUUCAUGACUGCUCUGGAUGAUGGAGGCCUCGAACUCAUCCUCGCCGUCUGCUAUGGCGUGAAUGAUGAAGAAUGGGCCGAUCCGGCCCGUAGUGAACUGGUCACGUUACUAUUGAAAGAAAGCGCGUCGGCAACACUGGAGACGGAUAGUUGCUCGGAUUUCUUAAAGGUUCUUCUGAUGGAGAAUUUUGAGGCCUUUGCCGAGGCAUGUAUAGCGAACAUGCCCGAUGCGGUGCGGAUGUUGAAGACCGAAGAGGAUUCGCAAAGACUGGAUCAUCUUACGGCUUUACGAGACGGUUUGACUUCGAGCCUCCAUCGUGGCCUGGUAGAGGCCCGAACACAUCUUGAGUCGUUCUUGAUGAUCAUGGCAUUCGCGUUCGAGCAUCGGCCAGAUGCCGCACAGGAAUUCUGGGCUGAUCCCGAUGGUAACCUUUAUGGCUUCCUCCAAUGGGCAUCGAAACGGCAAACUGUUCCCAGGGUCAGCGCAUUCUGCGAGUUACUCUGCUCCAUCUCCGUAGGCGAGGACAAUGCCACUGCAGCCCAUCGGUUCUUGUCUGAAGAGGACAAGUUCAUGUCUGCGAAAUUCAAACGAUCCACGUCCAUGAACUGGUCGCAGAUGUUCGCUGAGCUUCAACUUUAUGCAACGAGAGUUACUGAAAAGCCGUCUACUUCGCAGGCGAUCCUGCGAUCAAGGAAACUCGACCCAGCUGAUAUGAGCGAGCCGGAGAGUCCAGUUAUGUUGACAUGCUACCUGAGGCUACUAGAGCAUCUGAGUAAGCAGAGUGCUACGAUACGAGACUGGCUGCUUCACCACCCUACGUUUAAUGUCGUUGGCACGUUGUUGACACUCUGCAGUGGGCCCAUUCCUACGCAUCUGCGAGCAAACGUCUUUGCAGCGCUUGCGGCCCUGAUGACAGAUAGAACUUCUCACAAUGGGAACGAAAUGUGGCUUUCUAUUGACCAGUGGAUUUCCGGGGGUUCUAUGAGUGCUUCCAACCUAGGGAAAGUCCCGGUCGUUUCCAACCCGCUUGUGUGGCAUGAACAACAGGCCUUCCAAAGGAUUGGCGAGAGUUUCGAUCAAGCCAAUGCCUUCGUUCGUCUCGUUUAUUCACUCAUCUCCCCUGCCCUCGAUUCAGCUGAUUUUCACCUCUCCUUGCCGUUUCCCGAGAGCCUGGGUUCGUCCUACCGGAUGCCAGGCAUUGAACCUUACAUAGACUUUGUCAUGGGUCAGGCUCUGUCCAGGAAAAUUCCGGAUCUGAACGAACGGCAGACCCGCUUCUUGACUUACAACUGCUUGGAUUUCAUCGUGACAUGUCUGCAGUCUUUCAACGAAAGCCUGGUUUCCGUUCUCAGCCAGCCUACGGUAUCCACUGAUAGUAUCGUCAAGCAAUCUACAUUCGUCACCUACAUUCGUCUCCAUCCUUUUGCACGGGUCACGGAGUGGCUUUUCAAUGAGGAUGUGAUCAAAGCUAUCUUUGCUACAGCCCAUCAAGAUGUUAAUGAGGUUGCAAAAGCUUCGUCGGACUCCGUCCUCGUCCAGUCCUUGGUCCGGAGCUUGGAAGUCAUGGACAUGAUGAUCGACCUUCAAUCGACGUACUUUAAUAUUGUGAGGCCGGCGAUCAAGGCCCAGACCGGCACGAGCAGAACAAAUGUGGCGAACUCUGCGCUGUCAGCUUUUGAGGAUAGCAUUCUCAACAACUUGUCUAUUAUCCCUGCGUUGUGCCUUUACUGCAGCACGGGGCAUCAGCAGCUCACCGUCACGUCUAUGGCAUUGCUGGAGAAGCUAUCCAGCUCGAGAAAGCUGAAUAAGAUCACGUCACCAGAGUUGUCCAAGUGGCGUUCACCGAACAAGAUCGUCGAAGUUCUGAGUGCUGAGGUAGAUCUCAACAGUGUGUCACGUCCACUUGUGUCCCAGAUGCAACCCGAGUCGAGAGAGAUAGAAGCUGGCCCACAAUCUCCGGGGUACAUUAUCAGGGAAAGCCUCCUGGCACUUCUCAACAGCUGUCUCAGCACGAUUAAUGACCGACCCACGAUAGCUCACCUGCUCCUUGGGUUUAACAGCAUCGGAAACAUACUUGAUAUCGCUCCCGACAGCCUGUUUGCUGAUAAGAUGUCACUGCUCCAUGCUGUCAUCGGAUUCUUGCAGAACUACCCUGACGCGCUGGAUGGCAAUAUUCUCCCAUGGCUGGUGCAUGUCAAGCGCAUGGCCUUUGGAGUCCUGAAACACCUUUGGUCUUCUAAGCUUUCUUCCUACUUCACACUCGCCGAGAUGCGUGGCAGCCGCUUUCUUCUCAGUAUGUUCGCGUGUCAGCCGAUCAUAGGGCCAAACACACCCUGGGAUGGAUUUCUAAUCGGCACGCCUGAGUUCUGGCUUUCUGAAUCAACGGCUGGUCUUGCGGAAUUUCUUCUUUACAGAAGCUAUUUGUUCGAGUACGCCGCGACUGAAAUUCGCUCGGCUACAAAGCUCGGGUCUCCAACUCUUCAAGCUGAAAUAAUUUCAACUCUAUUUGGAAACUCUGUUUCGGAAACUGGGGAGACCAUUGUGAAUCCUUCCGUCUUCGACCUGUUCGAUUUCGCGGACCUGGACACUCAACAUCAGUUACAACCACCGGCCCUAAGCUUCCUUGAUGGUAUUGAAUUUGACGCGUGUGCAAGACCGGAAACGGACAGUUCUCCAAUUGUCUACAACUUGGACGAGAUAGUAGAACUUGUUCAGGUCAGAAAGGAAGAAUUGUCAUUGAGUGGACAUCUACGACCUCAGGACGAAGAGCUAUUCCAGGCCGAGUCCGAAAGUUUGAUAUUAUUCAUACGGUCCACAAACCAAGCAAGCCAGAUCGCGUUCAAUCGUUAUUUGGCCCUACGGUCCUGGACACAGCUCAUCACCACGAUGCUCACUUGCUCUGAAAUCGAUGGCGGAAGGAGAGCUACCUUCAUCCUGCAUUCGCUCCAGUUGAUCCUCCCCAAGCUAGAAAUUGCUAUUGAGGAAGACCUACCGGAAGGCUUAGAAUUGGCACGACUGGCCGAGACCUUGGUUAGUAGACUGGAAUCUACGAAGCCUGGUUCUGGUAAUCCCCGCAGGAGUGGCGACGUUCUUGACGAAAAGCUUCAUCAAUUAUUUCAGGUCUGCGUGAGAGGUGUAACCUUAGCAAACGGAAAUGUGAGCAUCAGGGAGACCUUUUACAACACUUGCGCACACUAUGUCGCUGGUAUCAUCUCAACAGAGCCCGUUCAUCAGAGUAUGAAGUUCCAGAGCCAGCAAGUAAUCAAAGCUGCAGGCCAUGCCCUGAUUGAGGCCGUCUGCGAUGAUGCGUAUGCUGGCCAGGAGACAUGCCGAGUAUCUGCCCUUUUGCUCCUCAAUCUAUUGGCUGCUCUGGAUAGGCAAGCGGAUGGAUUGUUGGCCGAUUCUAUAUCCCAGUCCAACUAUUUGAGCCUCUUCUUGGACACCAUCAGGUCGCUACCUAUCGAAUUGAGAAACGCCCAGGCCAGUGAUACUCCUUUGCUGUUGUCCUACUACCAGUCGCUCUUGUCUCUUCUUCAGGAGCUUUGCCAGACCAAGAAUGGUGCGACGUAUGUCCUGAAAACUGGCCUGUUCCAGGCAGUGCGGGACUCGCAGCUAUUCGCAGCCGACCCAGAUCUCGGCAUCGAUAUUGAUAACCCGGAUGCUCUUCGAAAGUACUAUGACCUGCUUGACUCGGUCCUCCGAGUGGUUGUCGCCGCCGUUUUCUCCCGAGGGCUGCACAACGAGCAGAUGCUGGAGCAAACUCGAGUCUUCCUUGCCGAGAAUAGACAAAGCAUGGUUGGCAUUUUCAAGAGAUUUGCCAAACUUGGCGUUCGAAGAUCAGGAAGUAAAAGAGCAGACGGGAAUGAAGUUCUUUACAUGAAAUCUAUUUUCAGCUACAAGGGGAUAUGGAGGGGCGGGCAAAAAGCAUGGAGUAAACUGGUGGGAACGAUGUAUAUUGAAAGGGAGAAACCCGAAGAGAAUCCCCGUCCAAUCAUGCGACAACCCGGGGAGGCGGACGUAUUAUCUUAUCUCCGGCUUCUUUGGGCGCCCGCGGGCAACCACCAACUCAACUCACCUGUCGUACCCUUCCAAGCUCCAGCUCAGACCCAACCUCGACGACGCACCCUGUCCUACUCCGUCACUGUCUCGCUGUCAUCAAUAUCCCCUCCACGGUUGACGAGCUUACCAUGUUUGAUAGGAUCCACAUACUACUUGGAUCCUUCCAACGCUGAGCGCUUCUCUCAACCUCACCUCCUCUCCUCGGACGAAGCCGGGUAG